AUAAAUGUGGAUCUCCCAGCUCCAAAAGCAAAAGACAGAAAGACCGAGACUGGGCAUCAACAGAUUAAAGCGGGUUUAAAUAGAUAGAUAUAAUCUGUGGGCAGAACGCUUGUUGUGCGGGCCCGAUGACGAAGACUAAAUGAAUAAAAACAAAAAUUGUGAAGCAGCAUAAAAUCCCAGAAGCAGUGGACGUGAGGGGAGAGUCCCAAGCUCUCAUCUUCCGGCACCGUCUUUGAUAUUUCCGGUGCGCACAACCAUGGAUAGGCUGAUGGGCCUUCUCAGACUGCGAGUGCGCAGAGGGAUCAAUUUGGCCGUUCGCGACACCCGCAGCAGUGAUCCUUACGUCGUCAUCACCAUGGGCGAGCAGAAACUGAAGACUGGCGUGGUGAAAAACAAUUGCAAUCCUGAAUGGAAUGAAGAACUGACUCUCUGUGUUGCAGAUCCUGAUGUUCCCGUCAAGAUGAUUGUGCAUGAUAAAGACACAUUCACUGUAGAUGAUAAAAUGGGCGAAGCAGAGAUUGACCUAAAACCUUACCUGGAGUGUGUGAAAAAGCACGUAGACGUCCAACCAACAGGCACUGUAAUCUCAAGGAUUCAACAGAAUAGGAAGAACUGCCUCGCCCAGGAGAGUUGUAUUGUCUGGAACAAUGGAAAACUGGUCCAAGACAUGUGCCUCCAAUUGAAAAACGUAGAGUGCGGAGAAGUGGAGGUACAACUCGAGUGGAUUAACGUUCCUGGUUCCAAAGGUCUUUAGAGUCCAGGUACGCUUUUGUAUAUGUUUGUUGUAUGUAACAGACGUAAUGUUGGAGUGGAUUGGUUUAAGUCCUGUACUGGAUUUGAGGAAGUGCUUCAUAUUCUAAUUUAUUUCGCCAUAAACAAGGUAUGUGAGGAAGCAAGCAAUGUCUAUUCUGCUCAUUUUAUUGUUAUUGUAAUUAUAGUAACAAGCUUUGGAGUCUAGGAAAACAAAAGAGAAAAAAGUUACAAUUAAUUUUCUAA